AUAAAUCUUUCGCCUUUUACUAAAGAUUUCCGUGGAGGGGAGCACUCAAAGGAGUCUAGAUGAAUAAUUUUUCUAAUGCCCGACUCUCGAGUUGGGCUCAAAAUACUUUAAAAAUAAUCAAUUUACUGAAUUACAUCGAUACUUGUGUUCAAUACGUCAUAGCAUUACUGGCCAGUGCAGUGAUUGUCCGUCGAUUAAUGCUUACAGCAUGACACAUUCCAGCCUUUCUGGGGUACUUGGAUAAUCCCACCACAACCGCGGUAUGUAUAACCAUGUUUAGGAAAAUGAUCCAAAAAAUCGACGAAAUGGUGGUGCUCGUUCUGGCCAACCUCUCGUUAAUUAACAAUGAAUUCCCAAUAACAACGUACGACAAUAACGUGUCCGAAACGUUAGAAGAAUUCAAGAGGUUCUACAGCACCUUGUUUUUCGAUAACGAUUCCGGCGACAAAAUUUACCACGACUCGAUAAUCAGUGCUACCGAAAAUAAUAUGAACACCGCCUUGCGACGCUUGGGUAGGUUCUAUGAUGAUUUUUGCAGACCGAAUGAAAACCAUAAAAUUAACGGAAUUAGGCUAUAUAUCCGGGGUAUGCGUGGAAUAUUUGAGCCCCUCGACGUAAUGCGACAAAUUAAAGAUCUGAUAGAUUUUAACGUCAACUCGAGCUUAAGUGAACUCUGGGACUCUGUUGGCUUCGAGUACGAUGCGGUAAAUGAUAAAACCCGUGUUACGUACGUACCGUAACGAAUUCCAAGAAAAUGUAAAC